AUGGACAUGGUUUCAGAGGAGGAUUUGCCUUGGACGAGAAUCGAAGGAGAUCGGAUCAGAGACGAUGAAGACGUUUUUCCUACCAUGCAUGCUUGGUCCGUCUCCUUUACCGAUCCAAAGUCCAUCAAGGUUUUCCAAGAAUAUACACGAACGAGGCCUCUAUUGUGGGAAGCUCUACAACAUCUCAAACUAGUCAAAAAGGUCGAACUCGACUCAAGUGGCAUGUCUCCCUCUGACGUCCUAAACCCUCUAAUCGAGCUAAUAGGGACAAUCUAUCACGUAAUCGUUGGUCUCGAUCUUGCGCGGCCGCCAGAGGAUGUUCCGGUCGGCAUGUACUCUGAACCCAUGCAAUGCAUCGUCCCGUCCACACCCGCUCUCACAAGAGGACAGUUGGCGUCGAAGAAUAAGCUAUGGCCAACAGUAUUCAGCCCACACCUCGCACGUUUGCCGGUCAGUAUCGAGCGUGCAGAGGUGCAGAGAAUGGUGAAUGGGAUGCGCAUGGCCAUCAACGAGGCCGUCAAGGCGAAGCAGCAUGGAGAGGUACCGAUUGCUGCUUGCCUUCUGCCGGAUCAGUAUCUCAACGUGACGCUACUUGCGCAUGAUACGCGCACGUCAACACAUCAUCCAUUGAAACAUAGUGUGAUAAACAUUGUGCGCGCUCUGUCGGAUCAAGUCUUGCUCGCAGAUGUUGCCAAGAUUAACAAUGGUGAAGACAACCCCAUGAGAAAUCCUGCGAUGGUAGUCAGCCUACAAAAUGGCGAAGGGUACCAACUCACGAACCGCACGCUCUACCUUACACACGAGCCCUGCCUGAUGUGCACCAUGGCCCUAGUUCAUUCCCGCGUCAAAGAAAUCAUAUAUAUACACCCAAUGCCCAAGACAGGCGGCUGCGGCGGACAUGCUAUUGUCCCAGAACUCCCGACUAUCAACCACCGGUUUACCAUCUGGCGCUGGAAGGAGGACAGCAUACACUCGAUAUUUGGCAACAUCCGACUCGACUUUUGUGGGGUUUGGCGCGCAGAGUUUGCUCGUACUUUCGACCAGGCUUACGUAGGCUUUGUUCCAAAAAAGAUGUCAUCGUCGUAUGCGUUGGCGCGCAAGGCGGCGCAGAUGCUACCAAUAAGCACUUUCGUCCACAUGACCGAGGAAGAUGACUUUGGACGACCGCUGCCAAACAUUUCACCACUUUUCAACUCACCUACGGCUGAUCUCGUCUUGUCUAGCUCAGAUUCAUGCCAUUUUCGUGUGCAUCGUGCAAUUCUAUCAGAAGCUUCUCCGAUAUUUUAUGCUGCACUCUCGACCCUUUCUGUACACAAACCAACCGACCCGCCCCCAGUUCAAGAUCUGACGGAAGACGGAGAGACGAUACUGAUUCUUUUACAAUAUGUUUAUCCAAUCCCGAACCCUCAAGUUUCCUCACUCACGUCUUUGCGGCUUGCAUUAAUCGCCGCGCAACGCUACGAGAUUACAUCUGCUAUAGAAGCGAGUCGCGCAACGCUUGCGUUUGACAUUCUUUCCACUCCGCUCGAAACGCCUUGCCUAGAGAACCUCUCAGCAAAAGAUUUUCUUAAGCUGGUUCGUCUGCAUCAGUCUCGUGCAGAAGCUGCGAUUUCUGUUCUGGAGAGUAUGGCGCCGAUGCCGCACGAUUGCUGUGGAAACAUCUGCCCAUCAUCUCAUGCUGAUGAAAGGUCCGACAACUCGUCGUCCUCUUCGACACGCAACCAUAAUUCAUCAAACGAUGGGUUACCCUAUGUGCGCUGGUUUGUCACUUGGAAGGCUGCGGCAGUACGCGAGCUCAAAGCGCGACCGAGAUCGGAUAUCAUUUUCGACCAUGCAUAUCUUCUUGCACAUGUCAAGCGUGCAACGCGACAUUGCCACGAGUGCGCUCCGACCUUUAUGGCCAAUGCAACUCAGGACUGGCUGAAGCUCCUUAAAAACCGGAUUGAUGCCUUGCCGGAUGUCAUUUGA